GUAUAUGGUAAUUUUGGUAAUAAAAAUCAUAUAUAUUGUUACAAUCUAAACCCUGAUCUUCACCGUGCCCGAAUCCCUCUGAUCUUUCACCGUUCCCAAAUCGCAACACUGUUCAAAGGAUUGAAGCUUCUGUAACUUUCCAGUUCGUGACUCUUUUGUGACUUGUUAAUUAUAGAGGCAAUAUGCAGGCGAGUGAUAGGUUUAACAUAAAUUCCCAACUCGAGCAUCUGCAAGCUAAAUAUGUUGGAACUGGUCAUGCUGAUAUCAACAGAUUUGAAUGGGCUGUGAAUAUUCAACGUGAUAGCUAUGCUUCGUAUAUUGGCCAUUACCCUUUACUUUCUUACUUUUCUAUUGCUCAAAAUGAAUCUAUUGGUAGACAGCGUUACACUUUUAUGCAGAAAAUGCUCCUGCCAUGUGGUCUGGCUCCUGAAAGAGAAGAAGAUUAGAAUUGUCGUUGGAUCAUCACAGGAGAGUUGAAAGGCUUUGACCAUUUGUUGUACUUUAUAAUUUGAUCGAGGAAACAAAUGUGUUUGUUUAGAGAUUGUUCUAUCAUUUGUUUUGGUUGCUUAACUUUGUCUGUUUUUAUGGUAUGGAGCUUUGGAAACUUGAUCACGAGACAAUGAGUUAAAGCAAAAUAUUGUACUUUUCAUGAA